AUGCGAUCUAUCGUUGUUUUGUUUUUCAUUAUAUCCGUUUCAUCUGUACAAGGACAAACUACACAACUACCUAAUUAUUCAUGUAGUGAAAAUAAUGCUUCUAUUCAAUUUACAUUAUCUUCAUCAUCUCAUUCAGCUUUGAAUUCAGCAUCAAAUUGUUCUUUACAACAAUGUAAUACAAGCUUAAAUGGUAAUAAUAAUUGUCGUUCAUCAUCGACACCUUGUUUUGAUUAUCGAACAAUAAAUAAUAUAAGUUAUUGUGCACCUGGUAUUUUAUGUUCAAUAUUAGAAACAUGUAAUAAUAUCACACAAACAUGUUUAUCAAAUAAUUCAGUAUGUGUUAUUAAUUCAUGUUGUUCAUCGCAAGCUGUAUGUUUACCAUUCUUAGCAACACAAAUGUGUGAAAGAGGAUGGUUUUCUACUGCCAAUAUGACCAAUGCACGAGAGUAUCACACAGCAUCUGUAUUAACAGAUGGAAAAGUACUAGUUACAGGUGGAUUAGGCAUUGGUUUUAUUUUCUUAAAUAGUGCUGAGCUGUAUGAUCCAUCAACAGGUAUUUGGACAGUUACCGGUAACAUGACUAAUGCACGAUAUUAUCACACAGCAUCUUUAUUAUCAGAUGGAAAAGUAUUACUUGCUGGUGGUGCAGACAUUAGUCCUUUAAAUAGUGCUGAAUUGUAUGAUUCAUCAACAGGUACUUGGACAACCACUUUGAAUAUGACUGGUGCAAGGUAUUCUCAUACAGCAUCUGUAUUAACAAAUGGAAAAGUAUUAGUUACUGGUGGAUACAAUGGUAAUGUUGGCUUUUUUAAUAGUGCUCAAUUGUAUGAUCCAUCAACGGGUACUUGGACAGCUACUGGUAACAUGAAUAAUGCACGAGUUUCUCACACAGCAUCUAUAUUACCAAAUGGAAAAGUAUUAGUUAGUGGUGGUGCAGACAGUAGUCAUAUUGCUUUAAACAGUGCGGAAUUGUAUGAUCCAUCAACAGGCACUUGGGCAACUACUGGUAACAUGAAUAAUGCACGACGUUAUCACACAGGAUCUGUAUUAUCAAAUGGAAAAGUAUUAGUUACUGGUGGAUACAAUGGUGUUAGUGUUUUAAACAGUGCUGAAUUGUAUGAUCCAUCAACAGGCACUUGGACAACUACUAGUAACAUGAAUAAUGCACGAGAUUGGCACACAGUAUCUGUAUUAUCAAAUGGACAAGUAUUAGUUGCAGGUGGAUACAACGGUAAUAGUGCUGAGCUGUAUGAUCCAUCAACAAGUACCUGGACAAAUACUAAUAACAUGACGAAUGUACGAGCAUAUCACACAGCAUCUAUAUUAACAAGUGGAUUAGUAUUCGUUACUGGUGGAUCUGAUAAUAAUACUGGAUAUUUAAAUAGUGCUGAAUUAUAUUAA